CAUCUUCUUCACUCAAAUUCCUUACUCCACUAAUAAAACUUAAACCUAGCUAGGGUUAAUUUAGUUAGAUUGGAUCAAGAAAAUUUUAAUGGCUGCUCAGGGAAGAGGCAGUGCAAUGGUGGCUAUGGUGGUGCUGUUCAUGUUGAUUUUCCAGUUGGAGAUGGGUAGUGCUGCAGUUUAUACUGUUGGUGGUGGUGCUGGUUGGACCUUUAAUCUUGCUUCUUGGCCUAAAGGCAAGAGCUUUAGAGCUGGUGAUAUACUUGUUUUCAAUUACAGUGUUGGAGCACACAAUGUGGUAGCAGUGAACAAGGGUGGCUAUAAUUCAUGCACAGCUCCGAAGGGUUCCAGAUCUUAUACAUCAGGCAAAGAUAGAAUUAAGCUUUCCAAAGGACAAAAUUUCUUCAUCUGCACCUUCCCUGGUCACUGCCAAGGUGGAAUGAAAAUAGCCAUUAAUGCUAUGUGAUCAUAUUACAAUAUCUAAUCAAGGGUCAAUCUGGUCCCUAAAUUUGCGGUUUAAAAUCGAAUAAUUCACUUUCGCCCAUUUAGAUCAAUUAAGGACAAUGUUUUUUAUUUUUAGGUCAAUUAAAGAUCAUAUUAUGCAAUAUGAACAAGUUCAGGAACCGUGAUAGUCGAGUUUUGUUCUUUAUUGAUCCAAAAAUACCAUCAUGGCUCUUCUGGGAUUUUUGUAUCUUGCUUCUGUAAUAUUUGUAUUUCUCCGAGCUUUAUAUUUUUGUAAAACUAAUUACUAUUAGAUAAUAAAUUUUUGUGUUUGCUUCAUGUCAA